GAGGGUGGCAGCUGCCACGUGACCCUCUGGCAUGUCCCUCCAGGGACAUGCUGGCCACAGAGGCUCUUGCACUGGCCCGGCGCCGCCCGCAGCCUCCCCGGGUGCCGGCCCUUCGCGAGGAGGCCACGCUCCAUGGGGAUGCCCGGAGGAGAGACAGUGUCGGAGCCCCAGGCUGCGCACAGCCCCGUGGAGAAGCCACCCGGCACGGUGAUCCUGUGCCACACCUGCGGGAACGUGUGCAAGGGGGAGGUGCUGCGCGUCCAGAAUAAGCACUUCCACAUCAAGUGCUUCGUCUGCAAAGCUUGUGGCUGUGACCUGGCCGAGGGCGGCUUCUUCGUGCGGCAGGGCGAGUACAUCUGCACACGGGACUACCAGCGGCUGUACGGGACCCGCUGCUUCAGCUGCGACCAGUUCAUCGAGGGCGAGGUGGUGUCGGCGCUGGGCAAGACCUACCACCCCGACUGCUUCGUGUGUGCCGUCUGCCGGCUGCCCUUCCCCCCUGGGGACCGAGUGACCUUCAACGGGAAGGAAUGCGUGUGCCAGAAGUGCUCCCUGCCCCCGGCGGUGGCGGGCAGCAGCGCGCCCCUGUCCCAGGGCCUCUGGAGUUGCGGGGGCUGCGGCACAGAAAUCAAGAACGGCCAGUCCCUGGUGGCCUUGGACAAGCACUGGCAUCUGGGCUGUUUUAAGUGCAAGACUUGUGGGAAGCAGCUGAACGCGGAGUACAUCAGCAAGGACGGGCUGCCCUACUGUGAGGCCGACUACCACAGCGAGUUCGGCAUCCGCUGCGACGGCUGCGAGAAGUACAUCACGGGGCACGUGCUGGAGGCAGGGGAGAAACACUACCACCCUCUGUGCGCACUAUGCGUCAGGUGCGGCCGGAUGUUUGCCGAAGGCGAGGAGAUGUACCUUCAAGGCUCCUCCAUCUGGCACCCGGCGUGUCGGCAGGCAGCCAGAACUGAAGACAAAAACAAGAUGCAGACCCAGGGCUGCAGUCAGGUUCCCCGGGGCUCCGCCCCCCAUGCCUUACAGGAAACCAGAACUUCCUCAGAGAGCAUCAUUUCGGGCCCUGCUUCCAGCGCCUCGGGGUCUCCGAGCCGCGCCAUUUAUGCGAAGCUGGGCGAUGAGAUCCUCGACUACAGAGACUUGGCUGCUCUUCCUAAAAACAAAGCCAUCUACAACAUCGACCGCCCUGACAUGAUCUCCUACUCGCCCUACAUCAGCCACUCGGUGGGGGACAGGCAGAGCUGCAGCGAGGGCGAUCAGGACGACCGCUCCUACAAGCAGUGCCGGACCUCCAGCCCGAGCUCCACGGGCUCGGUCAGCCUCGGGCGUUACACCCCGACCUCGCGGUCGCCCCAGCACUACAGCCGUCCAGCUGGUACUCUGAGUGUCGGUACCAGUAGCUGCCUGUCCCUGCCCCAACACCCAAGCCCUACAUCCGUGUUCAGACAUCAUUACAUCCCCUACUUCCGAGGCAGUGAAAGUGGCCGGAGCACCCCCAGCCUCUCGGUGCUCUCAGACAGCAAGCCUCCCCCCUCCACCUACCAGCAGGCUCCUCGCCACUUCCACGUCCCAGACACGGGCGUAAAAGAUAACAUCUAUAGGAAACCCCCCAUCUACAAACAGCAUGGUCUCGUAAGCCGAUCCCCAAUUUCCAAGCUCACGGGCCUGAUGUCAGUCUUGUCCUUGGUGGCGCACGAGGCAGGGUACUCCAAAAGGCUAGCCGGUCCGAGCCCUCCGCAGGCUGCAGCUGCAAGGAGGUCGGAUGGCGAGGAUGGGAGUUUCGACCAGGACAACAGGAAGCAGAAGACCAGCUGGCUGAUUCUCAAGGGGGAUGCAGACACGAGGACUACCUCUCCAGACCUGGACAGCCAGUCCUUGUCCCACAGCAGCGGGACGGACAGAGACGCCCUCCAAACCGUGCAAGGCGACAGCUUUUACUCACGAUGCCCCUAUUCCAAAUCUGACCCUCUCCCAGGACAUGGAAAGAAUGGCUUGGACCACCGGAAUGCCAAUCUGGCCCCUUGUGGAGCAGACCUGGAUGCCAGCUGGGGCACGCGAGAGUACAAGGUAAGAGGGGCCGCCCGCGCCCACGCUGACCCCGCGCCGCCCGCCUGCCAGAUCUAUCCUUAUGACUCUCUCAUCGUGACGAACCGAAUCCGCGUGAAACUGCCCAAAGAUGUGGACCGGACAAGACUAGAGAGACACUUGUCGCCGGAGGAGUUCCGGGAAGUGUUUGGGAUGGGCAUGGAAGAGUUUGACCGCCUGGCCCUCUGGAAGAGGAACGACCUCAAGAAGAAAGCCCUGUUGUUUUGAUGGCCACUGAGGCUCCCGACCACGCGUGCCGGUGGCAGAGCUGCCGGACACCUGGCAGGAACCACGCAAACCCCUCCUGUUGCACCUGGCUGUGGCUUCUCUGUGUCGACGGGUGGCGGUGGGCACCCGGGCGGAUGGGCUGGGCUGGGCUGGGGCUGGGGGAGGCCCCCCAGCGGGGCAGCCCCUGUUCCUGCCAGUGACCUCCCGCCUAGCUUAGGGCCCAGGCGCCUGGCUUUGCGCUGCUCCUUCCCGCUGUUGCUUCUCAUCAGGGAGAUGCUGCAAAGUAGCUGUCCCAGGAGACGGAGGGACAUUUCCACGGCCCCCGUGCGCUGCCCCGGCCCCCGCACUAGGCCCCUGGGGCACAGAGGUGACCCAGACUUGGGAUUCAAGGAGGCUCGUCAGUGACGGGCGCCGACACAAUCACGGUGGGGCACUUGGGUCCCAGCGCCCGCCCGCUUAGCCCCCGGAGGCUGGCCUGGCACACAGCGUCUGGCUCUCGGUGCCCACAGGCCAGGGCAGGGAGAGGGCCGCGUGGAGCGAGGGGUCACGGCUCGUGCAGCCAUUUGUGACGAGCCUGUUUUUAGGGACGAACGUCACCUUGACGGGGCACCUUCCAGCAGGGCCCUCCGUGCACUGCAUCUUUCUUCCAAAUCAUCCCCUAGAUGCCUAAAUGAUAUCUUUAAAGUAACACAGAAGUUUUUAUUUUAUUAAAAAGUAUAGCCUACUUAAGCAUAAGACGACAUAUAUGAAGAGUCUAGUUUUGCGGUCCCAUGGAAGGGGGGGCGCCCCCAGCCUUACUCUCCACUGUUCUGAUCUGUGUGGUUUCUGUUCCUGGUGGGGGUCCGUAUACAUAGGGCCCCUUGUCUGUUUGAUUGUUGCAUUUUUUCUUUCUCACCUGUCACACAGGUCCCCGUAAAGGCAGACCCCCUAAAUGAUUCUGUUUGUAAGCGUGCGCCAAGGACAACCACCACUGUUUUCCUGCUGGUAUUUUCCAUGUCUUGGAGACAAACCCCCUCCUCUGACGCCCAAAGCCCCAGAACGAAGGAGUUCCUCACACCCAGCCUGAUCCCCACGUAGCUGUUGGUGUGCCCUCUUGUGACAUAGCCAGUGGCGUCCCACCUGUCCCACAGUAAAACAGAGACAUGCCUGGGAGUGACGGCUGGUGCGUGGUCCUGAGACAGACACCCGGGGAGGGAGGGCCGGGGGACGCUGCCAUCUGCGAAGUUAGCCGAGCGUCCUGCAGCAGGAGCCGGCCCGGUCCCCCUGCGAGGCGUCCGUGUCUGUAAGGAGGUGUGGGUUAAGGGGGGCUGCCUGUCACCGAAUGUUCACCAUGUGCGCUGAGAGGCUUAUAAAACACUAUAAAGAUGUCACCACAGUCUGCUUCCCACUCUUCUCUGGAGCUGCAUCUUCUCGUGUGUCCUGGAUGUUCCCACCCGCGAGUCCACGUCACUCAGCUUCCUUCCAGCCCUGUCCCACGCCACGUCCCUUGCACACCUGGCUUCCCACCAGCCCGGCUUGGCCAGGGAGGGGCAUGUCUAGCCCCUAAUGUGCUUCCUCCCGUUUGGUAAUCUGAGCCUGAGCAACUGGAACCCAGUGUCCUCAUUAGUGCUCUGUCACGUCGGGUCCCAGGGAGGCCUGGAACAAUAAAGGAUAAUAUAUUCUAA